AUGACUGUUGCCGAACGCCAGAUCCAGCACGUUGACGAGCAGGAGCUGGAGACUUCUCUCGCCAGCCGAGUCAACUAUCUCAAAGCUUUCCUCAAAUUCACCGACGAAGACGGUGCUGCCCUCCAGAGCGCAAAGCCCCUGGUUGCUCCCGCUCUGCCAGCAAUCCUCGACGCAAUCUAUACCAACCUAAUUGGGUUCGACGUCACUGCCAAAUCCUUCGUACCUCCUCAGCCAGAGCAGGAUAAAUCCACCGUUGCUACCACUUCAGUUGCUGAGCUGUCCCUCACACACCCUAACAUCCUGCACCGCAAGGACUUCCUCAAGGCAUAUCUUGUCAAGCUCGUGAGCAACAGUGACUGGUCCGAUGAAAGCAAGUUCUGGGAAUACCUCGACAAGGUCGGUGUGAUGCACACUGGCAAGCCUGGCUUCAAGCACCGUGAGAAGCGACCCGAGUUGCGCGUGGAGGUGAUGCACAUGUCUUUGCUUCUAGGAUUCGUGGAGGAUAUCGUACUUCAGGCGACGAUGGGAGCCGAAGACCUGGACAUUCAGACAAAGACAAAGGUCAUCAGAGCAUUCAACAAGGUGCUUUGGAUUCAGAACGACUUGUUCCAGAAGCACUAUGUCUCGAAAAUCGAGUGA